UACGCGUUUCUCGGUCUCGGUAAGGGACGCACGUUUCUUUCGAAGCAUUUGUGCAUCUUUGUUCAAAUUUUCAACAGUUUUGUAGUGAAUCGGGCGUGUAGGAGUACGGGAGACGCCAGCUAGAAGGCCGGCGGUUAGUUCCGCAUCAGGUUGAAUACAGUGUGUGUGUGUGUGUGUGUGUGAGCAGGUGCCGGUGAUCUAGUGCAGGGGGAAGCAACUGACCGCCCGUAGCUGGCCGUCGCGGCAAACCCAGGAUUGGCCCACUUCGGAUAUUUACUCGACAUUCGACGCAGGUACAUAACCCAACAGCGUACAUCUAAUCAACAACAACAACAACAACAGAAAGGAGGAAUGCCUCAGUGAUACGCACAACUGCAGCAGAAUUAGCAGGAAUAACCGAAAAGAUAUUCAUUCUUAGCAACAUCAUCAUCGUCAGCAGCAGCAGCGAACCCAGAAUUCCGAAUAAAAAAAGGCCGUUUAUCGAUUGACUGUGCGAGCAAAAGCGCAAAGGCGAGUCGGGGCGUUAGUGAAAACAUCCGCAAUCUCUCCUUCUCGAGUACUUUCUCGAAUCGUUUGACGUCGCAUCUUCGGAUAUUCGCCGAUCGACUAUCGGUUGUGCGCUGAAUUUGCAUGUGAGCCUGUGUGCUACUAGCUUUUGACGUGUGGUUUCUUCGUGUUGUGACAAACUCUGGCGCAUCUAAACAUAGAUUAAGUUAGCUGUAGGCCGUAACAUCCUUGUAGGCUUGUCGUAUCGCUGGUUAAUAUCGACACGAUGUCGAAUAGCUAUUUCGGUUUUACGACGGGCGCCAACCAGUACGGUAAUGGUACUGGUUACACAGCGGCGUCCACAGCGACGGGAUAUGGCCAGCCGAAUCAGCAAUAUGGCCAGCAAAUGGCACCUCAGCCACGGACACCGUACACAGGCCACCCCGGAUACGAGCAACAGGCUUAUCCUCAACAGGCGUACUCACAGCAGAACCAGCGCGCUUACGAGGCAGCGAAACAGCAACCACCCCAGGCCAACUAUUAUUCACAAAGUUAUGGUCACCCUACACAAGCGGAGCCAAACUCACAUUAUGCUCAAACGAUAGCCAAGCCGUAUCAGCCAUCGGCGUCAAGUUAUUCAGCUCUGCGUACGGUAACCCCGGCCUCAGCGCCGGCGCCCACACCAAAAAGCUACUCGGUCUACUCGUCGCAGGCGUCCGGCUACGGCUCAACGUAUCAAGCAGCUGCAGCUGCUGCGGCAGCUGCGCCGCAUGCCAACAACAAACAGGUUCCACAGGCCAGCUCAAAUUGGACAGCGGCUCUAUAUGCUGCCGCUGCUAAUAUCCCGUCGCAGACUGUCGCUGGCGCCAGUGGCGGAAGUGCCACGCUCAACCGAAAACCUGGUUUAGGAAUUAAGCCUCGACCAAAAAUGCCGCCGAAACCGCAGCAACUUCACUACUGUGAGGUGUGUAAGAUCAGCUGUGCCGGUCCACAAACCUACAAGGAACAUUUGGACGGUCAGAAACACAAAAAGAAAGAGGCUGCCGCCAAAACCGGAGCUCAGCAACCUGCGGAACCUGCCGCAGGCACAAGCAAGGACACCGCGGGUACAUCGGCCAAGUCAGGCCGCCCUGUGUCACAUGGGACGUCGCUUCGUUGUGAACUAUGCGAUGUGACAUGCACGGGCGCUGAUGCAUACGCUGCUCAUAUUCGCGGUGCCAAGCACCAAAAGGUGGUGAAACUCCAUACGAAGUUAGGAAAACCAAUUCCGUCGACGGAUCCCGUUAUCCUUUCAGGAACCCGCGUUGCGAAAAAAGGAGAUGAGGGUGGUGAGGAGAAAAAGCUCACGUUGCAAGAUAUCGUUGACCAGGAUGUUCAGCCUGUAGGUCAGGACUAUAUAGAGGAACUGCGAAAUAACGAGGGCAAGGUCAUCUCGUUCCAGUGCAAACUAUGCGAUUGCAAGUUCAGCGAUCCGAAUGCAAAAGAGAUGCACAUGAAAGGUCGGCGCCAUCGGCUUCAGUACAAGAAGAAGGUGAACCCCGAUCUCGUAGUUGAUAUUAAGCCGUCGAUGAGACGCGGUAUGACUGGUCGACACUUUCGUGAACGCGAGGAGUUGGACUGGCUAGGUCCGCCCAUGGGUCCUGACAUGAUGAGCAUGAUGUGGGCGCGACUGCGGGGAGCGCCGCCACCAAUGAUGAUGAUGAUGGUACCAUUCCGAAGGCCAGACACACCUGAUGAUCGGCAUAUACUUGCUAAGCACUCAAAGAUCUACCCACCAGAGGAGGAGCUGGCUCGUAUCCAGAAGAUUGUCGGCCAUACUGAGAAAGCACUGAAAGGAGUCAGUGAUAAGUUGGCUGGCACACUUGAAGAAGCUCAAGAAAGCAAAACAAAAGAGGCUGCCUCCACUGGGGCUUCAAGUGCAGCGCAAAGCGGCCCGGCAGAAGGCAAAAAGGAAGAAACGGCUGCUAACCCAGCCACAGACGAUGUUCCACCUCGGCAACUUCGCGGCGUCAUGAGAGUGGGCUAUUUGGCCAAAGGCCUGUUGCUAACCGGAGACACUGAAGUAGGCCUUGUCGUGCUCUCCGGCGACAAGCCUACGAAGAGUCUACUCCAGCGCGUAGCCGAUUUCCUGCCUGAGCAGCUGGAAAAGGCUGCCCUGAGCGAUAAGCCAGCUCCGUCACCUGCGGUAACCGCAGAAGGCGCCGACGGAACGACAGCCCCUGCUGAGCCUAAUAAGUACACGGUAAUGGCUGACCCCGAUGAAGCGGCAAUAUAUGUGCGCACAGUAAACCAUACACCUCAGUUGAGCGUCAAAGUGACAUUGACCUCGCCGGUUAUGCGAGCUGACGACAAGGACGCGAAGACCGAUCCAGCCGACGUACUCAGCCGUGAGAAGUGUCUAGCAGCAUUGGCCGACCUUCGGCAUGCAAAGUGGUUCCAGGCACGUGCCAGCAGUCUACAGUCCUGCGUGAUGCUUGUCCGCAUCUUUCGGGACCUCUGCCGCCGUCUACCAACCUGGGCGAGUAUGGAGAUGUGGCCAUUAGAACUGCUCAUCGAGAAAGUAAUUGUGUCAGCGGAAAUGCCCCUGCAUCCUGGCGAUGCCCUACGGCGAGUCCUUGAGGCUAUUGCGUUCGGCAUCCUGCUUCCAGGAGGAACUCCAGGACUAUACGAUCCCUGUGAAAAGGCACCGACAGAUGCUUUAGCAUCACUAAGCCCCCAGGCCCGUGAAGAUAUCACGGCGAGCGCACAGCACGCCUUGCGCCUGAUCGCCUUCCGUCAGAUCCACAAGGUACUCGGCAUGGAACCGCUGCCACCACCGAAGUUCAAGCAAAACAGUCACUUCAACCGAAAGAGGCGGUUGGACAACUCGAGUGAAUCAGGCGAGGCUGACGGAAAGAAGGACAAAAAGGACCAGAGUCAGGACGAAGCAAAGGCCGCUGCUGGAAGUGUUGUUCCUAAACCUACCGAAAGUUUAGAGACGUCAACCACAGGAGCCGUCUCAGCUACGCCAGCUGCAUCCUCAGUUACGAAUGCUGCACCGAAAACCAACGAGUUCGCCAUGGAGAUGGCAGGACAUUUUAAAGGGAAUGCUUCUGGUGAUGGCGUAAUACAAACGUUUGCCGAAAAGAUGCUGAAAAAAAUGGGCUGGACAGAAGGCAAGGGUCUUGGCAAAAACGAAAGCGGAAUGAAGGAUUUCAUUAAACCAAAAAUGAAAUUCAACACUAAAGGCAUCGGCUUUAUGGGUGUCGAUAAUAAGUGGGUAGCCCAUCAGGAGCAUUUUAAUGACCUUUUGAGGAGUCUUAAUAAAGGAGAAAAGUCAAACCAGCAGCAGGAAACGGCCUGUCUUACAUCUGAAUCGAAACUGCGGGGACGCACCAAAUUCUACUCAAAAAUGAUCCGUGGCAAGGAUCUAUCGAGCCGAAGUGCGAACGAGCUCAGUAGUAUUAUUGUACCACUGUCGAAAAAAGAUGACGUUCAAAAGCCUGAAACCUCAAAACUUCCCUCUGAAAUAGAAGAUGGACUACUGAAGGCAUCGAAGAUAUCAAUGAAUGACUAUUUUGCACGAAUAAUGGCACAGCGAAAACCGAAGCUUUCUGGGACAGCGGACACGAAAGAAUCGUCAUCUGGUAGUGUCAGUAUAGCCAACUCGGAUAAGUCCAAUGUGGGAGGAAAACAAGCUUUUGACCAUCUUAGGUUUAGUAGUGCUGCUGUCUCGUCUGACUCAACAGAAGUUGACGAUGAUGCCCAGCCAAGCAAGAAGUCGAAAAAGAAUCCCAGACAAAAGGACGCCGCCGCUAACCUAAUCGAUUGCAACUGUGAGAAAUUCGCUGACCCAGCCGAGAAUUCGAAGGAUACCACUGAGAAACAACGAAGACAGGAGUCGCUCAAUCUGAAGAAUAGUAAGAGCAAUAAUUAUAAAAGCUCGAUUGAAGAUAUCGAAGAAGGUGAGGCAUCAACGAUGUUAAACAAAAAUAAGAAAGAGGGAAACGAAGAAGCUAAACCAGAAAUUGUUGAGCUCGUAGACGAAGGUGUCUCACCAAAUUACGCCGCCUCUGACGAAGAUAAAGGAAAGCCCCACAGGGAUAAAAAGGAAAAAACAAAAAAGCGAAAACGAGUCGAGAAAGAGAGCAAUACUAGAAGAGCAGAGCUGAGCACUAUUGAAGAUGAAGACAUUGUUUGUCUCGAUAGUAUCCCUAAGAAAACAAAGCGGGACAAGUCCGACGAGUCUGCUGGAAGGACGAAGUAUGAGAGGGCUAAAGUGACUAGUGAAGAAGUGAAAUCUGAAAAAGAGCCGGUGAUGAUGGAAACUGAAAAUGAUCAUGACAGCUCUAUAAAACGCAAAAAGGACAAGAAAGUCAACGAGCAAAUAAACGCUGUUGACGAUGAGGCCCGCUUCGAAGAGUAUUCAGAUGAUGCUACGCGGCUCAAUAUCAAGCUGAGAGUUCUCAGAAAGAUUCGGGGACCAUCAUUGAAGGCUAGCAAAGCUAAAGCUAUUCGUGAACUUAACGAUGAGCAGAUCCAGGAAGUGUAUAGCUUGUGGUCGAAAGGUGACUAUGGAGAAUUCAUGCGAAAAGUGCAUGCUGGAGAACUACCUCGCUGGGUCGGUAUGGAAAAACAUCAAGUCGCUCGCAUGUCCUCCGGCGAAGGAAAGAUAAUCGACCUCGUCGAGUUACGCGAAAUUUUACGGAAACGAUUCAGCGGUUCGAAUCUUCAUGAGAUCUGGGGUUACACAAGUAUAGCUUAUGUUGCUCUUUAAAACUACUUAACACCAUAACGAGACUUGGUUAUUUGUAGGUGCGGUAUAACAGGUCCUGCUCACUUGGCAGAUAACCGUAUGACGACAACGAGUACUAUGUCACCCAAGAAUACCGUAUAUAUAAAGGUAUAUAUUUAUCUACAUAAAAUUUGUAUACUGGCUCUGGAUUGUCUCUUUUUCUUUUCACAAGCAUUUAGUGUCAUUGGUUGAAUAUGGUACUUAAUACAGUAGUUGAAGCCGGUGUUGUGGCACUUUACGGUACAUUCUGAUCUAUUCAGCGUAUACGUGUCAUUUAGUACGCUGUGGAAAGCACAAAUGUUGUACAGUACAACUUUUUAAGUUCGCCGGAGCUUUGUUAUGCAAGGGGAUACGAAUCGGUUGUUUCGGUUCGGGUCUCGAAAGGCUCUUUAUACGAGGAUAUUGAAAUAAGAGAGCGUUGUGCAAGAAUUGACAUAAUUAGGAAACAUUUUUUUUUAUAAGGAGAGAAUAUUUAUAUUUAUCUAGAAAUAAAUGUUCUUGGUAAAAUGUUCUAAAAGCUCGCGCUGAAAGUGUCAGCAUCACUCAAUUCUAACUCGUUAUUAUGCGAAUUUGGAGAAAAAGUGGGUCGGAAGUUCAUAAUAACGACAAAAAGAUUAGGAGUUGUAAUAAUACACCUAUAUUGCAAAUAAAGACAACUUAUUUACGAUA